AUGUCUGCUGAAAAUCACAGCCCAUCGGAAACAUCACCUCCUCACUCUCCCACAGUUUUCCACCAUCCCACCCAGACUUUAGCUUCAGAGGAAGAGGAUACUGAGGGAAAUGAGAAGAGUUCAUCUGAAGAAUCUUUAUUUCCUAAAGACAAAAAGUCUCUGGAGGAAGACCAGCACCUGGAGGAGGAGGAGGAGGAAAAGUAUCUGAAAGGAAAGGAGUAUCUGCAUGAACAGGAGCAUCUGAAGGAGGAAAAGUAUCUACAGAAGGAAAAGCAUCUGGAAGGGAGAGAGGAUAUGUAUGAAAACUUUCUGGUAGACGGAAGGCCCCCUCUCCCACUUGUGCACACGGGCCAUGAAGGUCCCAGGCACACGCCAGGCCCCUUCCCUACUCUAAAGCAGCUGCAGAAGCAGGCCCGGGACCAAGGGCCAGGGGCUCCCUGCUGCAUCACUCCCGCCACUGCCGACAGGGCAGGGGACCGCUGUUUGGCCCUGAUGAGCCAGAAGCCUGGUCCCGCUUCCCGGGUGCUGAGACAGCUGGCCCUGCACCUGACCCCCAACGCCCUGUCAUCAGACCCCCAGGAACCUUUCUCGAAGAUGGUGGUGUUUGCAGUGAGCAGGGUGCCCACCUUCUUUGCGGUCCCCGCUCCCAUCUCUGAACCCACCAGCAGCAGGCCUCCUCGUGGUGAUUCGAUACCAUCUACAUCCUCCAUGAAGUACGAUUGGGAGUUUCUGGACUGGCAGGACCAGAGCACCCAGACGGAAUGGAUCUAUGAGAGCAAGCUCGGGACACAGGCCAUUUCUUCCCAGAUUACGGACUGGUCCCCUGGGGAGAGGCCAUAUCCAAAUAAUCAGGUGGACGGCGGUGAAGGGGACUCAGGCCCACCCCAGACCCUGUCUCAGUCAAAGCCAGCCCUGGUUCAGAAUGAGCCCAGACCAUCCAUAGCGGGGAAUUUUGUGGCCACAACUAGAAGUGACUCAGGAGACAGUUCGUGCGCCAGAAACAGCAUUUUACAUGGAUUCUACAAACAGCACUUUGAACUGAAUAUGGAGGAAAAACACCCAGAUAAAUCCCUGAAACCUAUUACUACAGAGAGUGGCAGGUCUGACACCGAAGGAAUGUUAAAGGCCCUGAGAAUGCUCGGGGCUCAUGGCAGGCAGCAUUCUGCAGGGGGACCAGAAAGACUAUUUAUGGCCUCAGCACCUUUAAAAUCAAAAACACAGAAAGGAGGCUCAACAAUGAUGCUAACCACCUUGAAGCCUGACUCGCCAGUAUUAAUUGAUCCCACUGGCACGCUGGAAGGCGAAGUCGACUCUGAAGACAAUGUUUUCACCAGCUCCUAUCAGAUGGUGUUUAGGACCAUGGUCAAAGAAAUGGCUGUUCGCGACGAAAUGGAAGAGGAUAUUUACAUUCCCCUCACUGGUCAUCUGGAGAGUGAAACCAGAAGGAAACUUGGAAUUCUGUUGAAGAAAAAUUUUGAAAAAUACAAGGAAAUAAUCCUCUGGAUCAUCAAGAAACGUGAAAGUAAGAACCCCUCUCCCAUUUUCCGCCACGUCCUCCCCGUGACCUCCUCCAGCACUGUGUUGGCCCCAGUGGUGGGGCCACCAAGCUACUUGCUUAACCAAAGGACUACAGAGACCACUAUCUCGUUUACUUUGUGUCAUCAACCACCAAAAGUCGAGGAGCCUGAGAAAGAAGAAGUAAAAAAACCUCGUAUUGUUCGCCGUGAGAAGACACUAGAAAUAGAUACGGACUGGAUAAAGAGCAAGACUAAGGUUCAUCAAGAUGAUGGAGAAUUAAUUCUCUACCCCAGUGAGACUGUCUUCCAAAUUCUCUUUUCUGAUGGAUCAGGCCAGAUACAUUAUCCAUCAGGACACCUGGCCAUGCUCAUCCUCAGUAUAAAAGAAGGAAAGUUCACGUGCAUCAUUCUGGAAGACAGUGAACAUUUGUGUAUCCGGGCCCUUAUCAACAAUUUUGGCCAUGCCACCUUCUACGAUGAAAAUGGAGACAUCUGGUUGAGCCUGAGCCCAAACCUAGGCUACUACUUCGCCAAAGGCAAGCACCAGAAGGCCUGGAACUGGUGGGAUCUGAACCUGCAUGUCCACGCACCCCCUGUCCAGUCCAUCUCCUUGAAUAUCAACCGCUACAUCAAGGUACAUAUAAGGAGCCAGGAUAAGAUCAUCUUCCACUUCACCCACCAAAAGAAACGCAUCUGCUUAAACCUGGGCACCAGGUACAAGUUCAUCAGCCCAGAGGUACUGAGUGAAAUGAAGAAGAAAGCAAUCCUGGAAAUGGAAAUCAGUCCAACAGCUCAGAAGAUCCAGAUCCUCCUGGGAAAAAUGAGUAGGACCCUGAAUAUACUGACCAUCUUUGAUCUCAAAAACUUCAUAGAGGGCUCCAAGAUCUUCCCAAUGAGACAAUCUGAGCUGGAGGAGAAAACCUCAUCUUCCGGUCUCAGGCAGUCGCCAGAUUACCCCACAGCCUCUUCAGCCUGA